GAAAACAGCAUAGAAAGCUACAGUACGACAUCAACUGCAGAUCAAAAUGCGUUAUUUCUUACUAGCUGCUUUGACUUUGGCUCUUGUGGCUUUAACCAGAGGAUCGGCCACCAACGCUGACAACAUGAAAAUCUGCGAUUACCUUGAAGAAGUGGAGAACAAACGAGCGCGUUUCACAAACUCUAUUACAGCUAGAGCUAUUUCGGUCGGUGUGGAGGUCUCGGAAAUGUUAGGAAACGGUUCCGACUUUGCACAGUUCAUCAGGGAAAAAAUGUACGUUGCUAGCUUCCCUCCCAUGACCCAGACCAAGUAUCUUGCGAGUUUCCGUUGCAACUACAAGAAAAUGAUCCUAUGCAAUAGGAAAUAUAAUAGCAAUCCCGAAUACAGAAAUAUCUACAACGAUUACAAAGCGCAAAACAAUGCAGACGCUAGCAUAUUCGAUAUUUCUAUCGCGCAAAAAGCUAGAAAAAUGCUUAACAGCAUGGAAAGUACAUCAAUUGCAAAACUUAAGUUCAAUGACGCUCUUAAAACUUACUUAGAUCGUAAGAUAAUGUUUGCUUCCAGCACUUUCAAUCGCUUUCUGGAAAAGGCGAAGGCCGAUUACAAAUGUACUUAUGAGAUAUAUUAUCUUUAAUGUCAAAAUAAAAAUAAUUUUUGUUGAAUAACUAACAAACCUAAAUGAAUUUGUUAAGUUGUUAUCUUACAGACCUUAGAUAAUGUGUUAGAAACAAAUUAUACUUUAUCCAAAUAAAA